AGGAUGGGCAAACUUCCCCACUGGGGCACGAGCGAGUUGUUUUUUUAGCGCUCGACCCGACCCCGUGCCGCUCCCGCGAGCGGCCCGGGCGUAGCCCUAGACCCUCGCCGCCGCCACCCCUCACCUCGCCUCUCCCCUCCCCCGCCGCCGCCAGGGGCCGCCGCCGGGCGAAGCCCGUGCGUGCGUGCGGCGGUGGCGGCGGGUUUCUUCCCUUCCCACGAAACAUCCGGUCGGCGUGGGACGGCUGGCCUCGCGGUGGCGUGUCGGGCCGGCGGCGGCCUGGGGGUGGCUCCGAGGGGCGGCGCCGGUGCUCUGCUCCUCCGGGCGGUAACCUUGGCGCGCGGCUAGGCCGGGUGCGGGCCGGCGCGCGGAUCUGGCGCGGCUGCGGGCGGGCUCGCGAUGGCCGAGUCGUGCUGCUGAGGUGGGGGACGCCGGGGCGGCGGCCUCGGUCCGGGCUCCCGGUGGCCUGGGCGUGGACGGCGUACGGGCGCGCGGCAGCUCCUGGCUCCGGAUGUGCGCGGGGGGCGCGGAUCGACAGCCGGGCACGGCGGCGGCAGGUUUAUGUCGGGCGCGGGAACCAGCCGGGCGUGGCGGGUGCGGCUCCGGAGCGCGAGGUGUGCUGCGGGCGGUGGACCUGCUCGUCUGCUCUGCUGCUUCGCUUGCGGCUCCGAUCUGGAUCUGGCGUGAGCUGCUUCUUCGGUCUGGUGCUGCUCUUCGCGAUGUGGUGUUGGUUGUUGCGGUGGUGGUGGCUGCGGUGGUGCUGCGGUGGUGGACGGCGGCUUCGGCCAGGGGGUGGUGCGGUUCUGGUCGCGGUGGAUCGUGGGAUCCCGUGGCCGGAGUGAGGUCGGCCUCGGCAGGGGUAGUGGUUUGUUGGCGGCGGUCGGUGGUGGCGGGCGGUCGGCACAUCUCCGGGAGAAAUCCUUGCUCCGGUCUCCACCGGAGACGACGGCGGCGGCGCCCGCGGGUGCCGUGAUCUUUCUUGGAAGCGUCGUCGUGGAGGUGCGCUCCUCCUCCCCACGGCUUUGGCUCCGGAGGGAAACCUCAGAUCCUCUGGAUCGGGCGAUGGAGGCGUCUUCGCGUCUUUCUCCUCCUUGGGGGCAUCGUCUCGGAGCAGGCAACGACUGGGAGACCGAUGGAUGGCGGCAUCUUCGCCGUGUGGGUUGCGGCAUCUUUGUCGCGUGGUUUGUGGCAUCUUCGCCGCGUAGUUUGCCGAGGCGGCCUUUUCGGGGGCGCUGAUUUCCGCUUGGCAACGAAGAUGGCGUCGAGAGGAACUCUGGUCGCGGCUCGGGCUUCGGUAGUCGGAUCUUCCCGGCGUGUCCGAGGUGCUCUUUGGGGCACGGUCGGCGCAAGUCCUGCAUAUUUCCCUCGUGAUGAUCGUCGUCAGAGUCGGAGCUGUCGGCUGUUCGCGCGUGUGGCCUUCUGUUGGCAUGUGCCGUCAUGGUUUCUGUGCAGCUGUUUGCGGGUUGGCUUCGACGAUAAAGGUCUACGGUGAAGUCGGAGUCGCCCGUUCGGAGGUAGCCGGUGAUGACGAUGACGCUUGCGACUGCUCGGCGGAUGUCUUUCCCUCUUUGUAGCUUUGUGAUCCCAUGUCGGUGGCCAGGUUGACCGGUGGUACCCAUUUUAUGUGGGUUGGAUUGUAUCGGUUUUAGCCCGGUUUUCCGUCAAUUAACCGGGCAAUUCUCACUCCUCCUUAAUUAAUGAAAAUGGCAAGUCUUUUGCCUCGUUUCAAAAAAAAAAGGAUGGGCAAACUAGCCCAGCCGAGCUAGGGUUUCGAGGCAAGGCAUAUUAUUGGUUUGGUCCCCUUGCUUCCGACGGCAAGAUUUUCAUUGUUCUUCGUUUGGAUUUUAACUUGACGAGAUACAUUCAUCACUUUGCCAUGAGGUUGAGGGUAGGGAAGAUGCAGAAAAGCAUGCGCAAGCGAAGAGGCAAGCACAUAGGUUGCUUUAACAAAAAGCAAAAUGCUAGCAGAACAGAACUUAUGCAACGACCUAUCCAUCCAGAUAUUACAUUUGAAGAUGGAUUUGGUAACUUGGUUAAAUCCUGUCAAAGUUCCUCGAGUGAACGCACCAAACAGAUUGAGUCAGAACUAUCAGAAAGUUUUGUCUCCCUUGCUUCAUUCGUUGAUGGUACGCAUGUGAUUAACUCUUUUGAAGAGGAAUUUGAGGAUAAUACCUGGAGCACACUCAGUGAAAAUGUUGCUUUAACUAUGUCUGAAUGUGUCGUCUCACUUGCUUCAUUCAAUGGAAAUUCAAGGUGUUUUGCUUGCACAGGCGUAUAUAUAAACUGUAAUCCCGUGAGAAUCCUUACUACAGCAAGUUUGGUUAAAACUUCUGGCGAUGGAAACAAGAUUGAUGAUAACUUGCGGAUUGAAGUGCACCUUAAUAAUAAACAACAUGUCACGGGGACAUUGAAACAUUAUGAUCUACGCUAUAAUGUUGCAGUUGUUGAGAUCAUGGGUUCCUACAGUUCUUGUGCAGUGGAUGUGGAAGAGCGUAUUUCUUUCACCCCUAAUAUUGAGGUUUUAGCUGUAGGGCGUCUCUUUGAACGUCCAAAAUUAAUGGCCUCAAGAGGGGUGUUAAUUGACAGAAAAAGCAAACUUGCUUGCGAAGAGCUUGGGAUUUCCACUUGUAAAAUCACCUAGGCUGGGAUUGGAGGGCCUCUUAUUGAUGCUUGUGGGAAUUUGAUUGGCAUGAAUUUCUUCCAUGAUGAAGAAACUCCAUACCUACCGAGGGAAAAAAUUCAGGAAGUCUUGGGAUAUUUUGAUGAACAAUGCAUGUCGAAUGACAGUUGGUCUGAACCAAGAGAUUGUUAUUAUAUACCAGCUUUCUACUCUAUACCGUAUGGUUUGUUCGGAGAUGAGUACUUUGAUAACAAAAAGGAUGCAUAUUCUCCGUCUCCGGUUUUGUGUUGAGACUAUUUGUUGGUUGUUGUUGCUCCACUCUAUGAAGUAUGGACCCGCUUGUUUUUUCUUUUUGCUUGUUAGUCCUUGUGAAGUCGAGACUGCUACAUAUUCUGAGGCAUUUGCACUUAAUUGUAGCCUAUGUGCUUAAAGAAUCCUAAGCUAAAUCCUUGUUUAGUUAUGUGUUCA